AUGCAAGACUCGUCAUCGCUAGAAGUAUAUCACCCAUUCCCUGUUUCCGCAAAGAGCAGUCUGCCAUGUCUGUUUCCUCCCGCCAUCACUUAUCUACCAGUCCAGAAGGACUCCGCGAGGAAUUCUUUCAGAAUACAUGACGACGAUGGAUCUAGAUUCAAUGAGACCGACCGUUCAAACGAACGAUACGUCAAGUUUCGACCAACAGAGCUCCAAAAGAUCGCCGGCGAAGCAUUACAACAAGACUAUUGCUCUGAUAUUGCCAAGUUUGCAGAGGGAGGCUUCAACAAGGUGUUUCUUCUACGAGCAAAGAAUGGCUGUGAAGUGAUUGCGCGAAUUCCUACACCCGUUGCCGGGCCUCCUUAUUACACAACCGCCAGUGAGGUAGCUACCAUGAAUUUUUUGCGAGCUGUCCUCAAAUUGCCGGUACCGGAGGUGUUGGUAUAUUCAAUAUCAUCGGACAAUCCCGUCGGAGCAGAGUAUAUACUGAUAGAGCGAGUGGAGGGAGAAAGUCUUUCCUCUCGGUGGUUAUCUCUGACAACUGGCGAGGUGAAAGAUAUUAUAACACAAAUUGCAGAUAUAGAGAGGAAGAUUUUUGACUUCUAUUUUCCUGCGUAUAGAAGCUUAUAUUAUAAGAAGGACCUUAACGAGGAUAUCCAGAUACCGAUCGUGGAAGAUUUUUGUAUCGGCCCUGUGUCUCCCCGGCAGUUUUGGUAUAACGAACGGAGCAAAACAGAAAUUGACCGGCUUUCAACUGUGGACUGUAUUACGUCCGCGGCUCGCCGAGAGAUAGCUGUUAUUCAGUAUCACGCUAAAGCUCAACCUCGUUCUUACAGCGCCCCGACGCUAAGAUAUCCCGAUUUGAGUUUAAGUAAUAUUUUAUUGGCACCCGGAUCAACUAAAAUCAUCAGCUAUCCCGCGUUCUGUGAGCACGACUAUUCCCGGCCUCAAAGUCUAUAUAUUCUAUCUCUCCCCGAUGAUUUUGAUAAAAUAGUAUGUCCUAUUGUGUUCAGCGACGAAGAACGAAAGACUGCUAUAGCGGAAUCGCAGGAAUGGAACGAGUCUGAACAGCUACUGUCCCGGGUUAGAGAAAACCUCGAUAUCGAUCCGGAAGGUGGGACUGAGCCAGAGAACUUUGAGAGAGCAGUGGAGGUCAAUCGACAGUUUCGUAUGGAAAUGGUUCGGCAAGCAGAGGUGGGCGAGGAGGAGCUAUCUUGGCGUAAUUGGCCGUAUAAGGAUGACGAGGAUGACAGUAUGCCUCCCGGGGAUAUCUAG